AAAAAAAAUCAGACAAACCAAAAAUUUAAAAUCUAAAUGAUGUUUCCAAAUUAUAAUCAUGGUUGUUGGACUUUAAUUUUCUAUAGACAUUUUCAAAUACAAUUCAUGAAACGAAGCGUGAUAUAUUAACAAUUGAACAAAUUAGAAAUAUUACACAUAGUAUUAUUGCACGUAUUUUUCUUGUGUGUCAAAUACUAAUAUUGAAAUUUGAAUAUUCUUAUUAGCGUUGAUUUUUAGGUGUUAAUCUCUGACACGGACUAGCUUCUUUCUAUAUAUAAACGAUCUUCACGAGGUUUUAUCAUCAACAAUACACUUAAGACUUAACAAUGGAUUCUUCUCUGAAAACUCAGGAGCCUCAAGUAGUAGAUACACCUGAAACUACUCCUUCUCCAAUAGCUCAGGAGCCUCCUCAAGUGGCUGUCAAACCUGUGGUUGUUCCUUCUCCGAUAGCUCAAGAGCCAGACAACGAUGUUCCGGCGCCGCGAAACGAGUUUGCUGAGUUCGCCGCCGGAUGUUUCUGGGGAGUUGAGCUUGCUUUCCAGAGAAUCCCUGGCGUGACCGUGACUGAAGUUGGUUACACUCAGGGGAUCUCUCACAAUCCGUCUUAUGAAGAUGUCUGUACGAACACCACGAACCAUGCAGAAGUUGUUAGGGUUCAGUUUGAUCCUAAAGAGUGCACUUAUGAGACGCUUCUUGAUCUGUUUUGGUCUAGGCAUGAUCCUACCACCUUGAAUCGUCAGGGAAAGCUUUUGGGAGCACAAUACCGAUCAGGUAUAUAUUUCUACACACCAGAGCAAGAGAAACUAGCACGCGAGUCUCUAGAGAAAGAGCAGACAAAACUGGAGGAUAAGAUUGUGACUGAGAUCUUACCGGCAAAGAAAUUCUACAAAGCUGAAGAGUACCAUCAGCAAUACCUAGUCAAAGGUGGAAUGCAUGGCAACGCUCAAUCACCUGCAAAGAGCUGCAAGGACCCUAUCCGCUGCUACGGCUAAUCAAAAAUCAUUUGUUGCUCUUCUCCCAAAACAGAGGAUUCUCUCAGAGGACCUCUUUACCUGUUUGUUUGUUGGUUUAUGUGUGUGUUAAUAUGUACUUGUCAGCUCAUACAUAAUAAAAGAUGUGGUAUCAUCUCACCUUUGUAAACUUCUCUUAGUUACUCAAAUUCAACUAAUAAAUAUCUGAAUAAACGCAUUAGUACUCGAAA